AUCCGGGUUAUGGAGGCGGCGGUGUCGGCGCCGAUGCGGGUCUCGCAGGGGCUCGUGCGCUGGUCGCCGUGCGGUCGGUACGUGGCGUCGGCCAGCGGCAACCGCCUGGCCAUCCGCGACGCGCAGUCGCUGCAGCUGGUGCAGCGCUACUCGGCGGCGGACGUGGUGCAGGCCGUGGCCUGGUCGGACGACUCGCAGCUGGUGCUGACGGCCGCGUACAAGCGCGCGGUGGUGCAGCUCUGGUCGGUGCAGGACGCGUCCUGGAGCUGCCGGAUCUCGGAGGGGGUCGCGGGGCUCGUCUUCGUCCGGUGGACGCCCGACGCGCGCCACGUCGUGACGGUGUCCGACUUCCAGCUGCACGCGACCGUGUGGUCCCUGGAGGACCCGACGGCCCGGUGCACGAUCCGCAGCCCCAAGCUGGCGGCGGAGGGACUGAGCUUCUCGGCUAAUGGGGAAUUCCUGGCGGUCGCAGAGCGGCACGACUGCAAGGACUUCAUUGGCAUCUACAGCUGCGAGAGCUGGGAGUUGACGGCGCAUUUCUCGAUCGAGAGCUACGACUGCGCGGAGGUUGCGUGGUCACCCGACGACGCGACUAUCGCCGUUCGGGAUACGCACUUGGAGUUCAGAGUGCUGCUCUACUCACCGGACGGCACGCUACUGGCAAAGUACCAGGCAUACGAGAAUGCGCUGGGCCUAAAAGCCAUGAGCUGGUCCGCGUCUGGACAAUUCCUCGCGCUCGGCAGCUACGAUGAGCAUCUCCGAGUGCUGAGCCACAUCAACUGGAAGCCCGUUGCGGAUUUCGACCAUGAAAGCAUCGCUGUCACGAGCUCCCACACAAAUCAGGCAGCGGUUGAAUACGAAGAGAACUUCGCGGACGCCAAUGUUAUGGACCGACCGCAAGGCAAGCGCGUCACAGUGUCCCAGCGGGGUUCCUCGCUCCUGUCCAACUCGUUGCAAGCGGCGUCUACAGCAGCGCAAGCUGCAGGCGGUAAGAAGGCACGCGAUAUUUGUUUCGUGACGCGGGAGCCGCCGUUUUCCGUCCGGACGCUCUCUUCUGAUCCACUGACGGAGAAUCCUAAGAUUGGUAUCAGCCGCAUGAUGUGGAGUGCCGACUCGGCGUUUAUCGCUACUAGGAGUGACCAAAUGCCGUACAACGUGUGGAUCUGGCGAACAGAAAGUCUGACACUGCACUCGGUCGUCUCACUACUGGAAAGUGUCCGAAGCUUGCGAUGGGACCCGGUGAAAAACCGCCUUGCGAUCACAUCAGGACAGAAUCGGGUGCACCUCUGGACUCCCGAGGGGAUCUCCUGGGUCGAUAUUCCCAACGAGGCUUUCCAGGCGCUAGGUCUUCAAUGGGCCCCCUCCGGAGAUGCUCUCAUCGUCGUCGACCGGCAGGAAUUCUGCACCAUAACACUUUAAUCCACACUCCGUUGGUAGAAUG